AUGAAGACCGCUACCUUCGCUGCUAUCACCAUGGCCUCGGUCGCCGCCGCGAUCCCCAUGUGUGCCAUCAACUGCUUCACGAACGUCAUCACUGAACACCCCCCUCUUGACUGCACUGAGCCCGACAUGUACCACUGCUUCUGCAAGAUGCCCUCGCUUCAGCAGUACUUCUUGGAGUGCUCGUACAGCUCUGGCACCUGCGCCACUGAGGCCGAGGGUGCCGAGGCCGUUGCCUUCGGUGUUGACCUUUGCUCUCAGCUCGGUCUCCCCAUCACCAUCGACACCAAGCCUCCCACCAAGCCCACCAGCACUCCCCCUACGGAGCCCACCACUCAGCCCCCUGCCGAGACCACCGGAUCUGAGCCCGAGCCCACCGAGUCCAAGGACCCCGAGCCCGAACCCACUGCCAGCGACGACACCAGCGUUGAGCCCACCGGCUCUGCCUCCGCUAGCGCCUCUGGCACCGGCUCCGGCCCCGUCCCCAGCGGCACCUCCGGCUCUGAUACCCCCGUCAUUGUCAAUGCUGCCAACGGCAAGGCUGUCUCUGGCCUCCUUGCUGCUGCCGGUCUCGUUGCCGCUCUUAUCUAA